UCCCGACGGUAAAUAAUAUCAAGUUUGCGUAGGGAGGCGAACCCGCGCCGUCUUCCUUCUCUCCGUCGUACGACCACCCCGGGUCUUUCCCGUCUCUCAUAAUAUGUGGCCGGGCCGUUUCCCGGCGGAAGGCGAGGAAAUUCGGUCCGUUACUUUUCCGCCACAGAAAAUAAAAGCCGAUCGUUUGUUUUUCAGUCGACGUCAUCACCAUGGAAAGAAAAUUUGCGGUCCUUCUGCUCCUGCUGGGAAUGGUGGCGCUGGCAUCCUGCGGACUCAGAGAGAAGCACGUGCAGAAAUUGCUGAGCCUGGUGGUACCCGAAGGUCAACUGCGAAAGAUCCUGCAGAUGGUGGUGCACAAAGCGGCCAAGUCGCAGUUCGGCUGUCCGUUGUACGAGGGCUACUGCGAGACUCACUGCCAAGACAUCAGCAACAAGGACGGUGACUGUCACGGGACAAAGUGCAAGUGUGAAUGAUGGACCGCGAGUCGUCUCUUUAUAACCUCCGUGUAACUCAGACCUGAAUAAAAGUCCAGCGUCCUCCUC